AUGUAUCUUUUAUGGGUGAAAGCAUUACUUUUCGAGUAUCGGCUCCAAAGAGGGUUUUCGGAUAGUGAAACGAACGAAACGAAUGAUAUUGUUCUACCUUUCGCAAUUUUUGAAGAUAUUCAUCGAGGGAGAGAGACCGAAAGACAGAAACAAAAGACGCCCGCCCAAGCCCUUUCAUUUCUUACCCAAAAGCUUUAA